UCCCCUGAGAAACGAAUUUUUCCAGAAAACUCGGAUUUUACCCCCUGGAACACGAUUUUUACCCUGAAACGCGAUUGGGAUAGUUUUUGGCUAGUUUUGAGAGCAAUCGGUCGGGUUUUGUUGUGAAAACCUGGCAGCCCUGGUCACGGGGAGGUGCCGCGCAUUUCCUGUUGAGGAAGCGGUCUCUCUCUGCAGCUGUACUGCCAUGUCGGACUGAUUUUAUACAAUUAUAUCCAUAUUUGUGUUUCUUUUAUACAUUGUCUUCAGCCUUAACAACCAAAAAAAUGUCAGACACUGGAAAUCGUUUGCGUAAAUUGCUGGAAUCCCCUAAUUUUGAUCCUCAGUCGUACGUGAAGCAGCUCUCGCAGCAGUCGGACGGUGACCGAGAUUUACAAGAACACCGUCAAAAAAUACAAACACUCGCCGACGAAACCGCACAAAACCUGAAGAAAAAUGUUUAUAAAAACUACAGACAGUUUAUUGAGACAGCCAAGGAGAUUUCCUACCUGGAAAGUGAGAUGUAUCAGCUCAGUCACAUUCUCACUGAGCAGAAGAGCAUAAUGGAGAGCAUUACACAGUCUCUCCUGUACAGAUAAAGAUGAAACAGCCAAAGAGAUGCUCACAGCUUCCCAAAGGAAACAGAAGAGGUCAAACAAAGAACCCUAACCACACUUUUGGAAAAAGUGGAGGGAUGCAAGAACAUCAUGGAAACCCCAGGCAGAUAUCUGGUCUAUAAUGGUGAUCUUUUGGAGUAUGACGUAGACAACAUGUCGCAGAUCCAAAAGGUCCAUGCGUUCCUGAUGAACGAUUGCUUGCUAAUUGCAACCUGGUUGGCAAACAGGCGCGGAGCUGUGAAGUACAAAUACAAUGCAUUGUAUGAUCUGGAAAGCUUUGCGGUUGUAAACGUGAAAGACAACCCUCCGAUGAAAGACAUGUUCAAAAUCCUCAUGUUCCCAGACAGCCGCAUCUUCAAAGCUGAGAACAGCAAAAUCAAGAAAGAGUGGCUUGAGAUCCUGGAGGAAACAAAGAAAAACAAAGUGGCAAAAGAAAAGCACAAAAAGGAAGAGGAGGUGCCAACGUCACCAGUGAGACAGGAAGUCUCCACAAACCCAUUCGAUGAUGACGAACCUCUGGAUUCAGAGGAGCUGGUGGAUCUGAGUCCCGAAUGGAUCCAGGAGCUUCCAGAAGACCUUGACGUGUGCAUCGCUCAGAGAGACUUUGAGGGUGCUGUUGAUCUUCUGGAUAAACUAAAUGAAUAUCUGAAGGAGCAACCAGUGAGCCCACGGGUGAAGGAGCUCAGGGGGAAGGUGGAUGAGCGCGUUCGGCAGCUGACUGAGGUUCUGGUGUUUGAACUCUCGCCUGAUCGCUCUCUCCGUGGAGGACCUAAAGCCACACGGCGAGCUGUAUCCCAGCUCAUUCGACUGGGCCAGUCCACGAAGGCCUGUGAGCUCUUUUUGAAAAACAGAGCAGCAGCCGUCCAGACCGCCAUCCGACAGCUUCGCAUCGAAGGAGCCACGCUGCUUUACAUCCAGAAGCUAUGUAACAUCUUCUUCACGAGCCUACUGGAAACCGCCAAGGAGUUUGAGACGGAUUUUGCGGGCAACACUGGCUGCUACUCUGCCUUUGUGGUCUGGUCUCGUUCGGUGAUGAAGAUGUUCGUAGAUGCCUUCAGCAAGCAGGUGUUUGACAGCAAAGAGAGCUUGUCCACCGCUGCUGAAUGUGUGAAAUUCGCAAGCGAGCACUGCAAGCAACUGAGCGAGAUUGGCUUGGAUCUGACCUUCAUUUUACAGUCUUUGCUUGUGAAAGACAUCAGGGCGGCUCUACAAAGCCAGAAAGACAUCAUCAUAGAAGCAACGAGGCAUCGUAACUCUGAGGAGAUGUGGCGUAGGAUGAACCUAAUGACUCCUGAAGCUCUGGCAAAACUCAAAGAUGAAAUGCGAAGCUGCGGUAUAGGGAGUUUCGACCAGUAUACGGGUGAAGACUGCUGGGUUAAUCUGAGCUACACUAUUGUGGCCUUCACCAAGCAGAUGAUGGCCUUCCUGGAGGAAGGACUGAAGCUGUACUUCCCAGAGCUGCACAUGGUGUUUCUGGAGAGCCUGCGGGAGAUCAUACUGGUGGCGGUGCAACAUGUGGACUACAGCCUGCGCUGCGAGCAGGAGACCGAGAAAAAGGCCUUCAUUCUACAGAACGCAUCCUUCCUGCAUGAGACCGUGCUUCCUGUUGUGGAGAGGAGGUUUGAGGAGGGAGUGGGGAAACCAGCCAAACAGCUCCAGGAUCUGAGGAAGAGCUCUAGGCCUGUCAGAGUCAACCCUGACAGCACCAUGUCUGUUGUUUAAGAGAGACGGGGUGAAUGUGAAUGAAUGAGACUGCUAAUGCACUACCACAGAGGUCUUCAAAUCUCAAUGCAUUUCGCUGAGUACACUCAUAUGACUCAUUUUUGUGUCGUGAUGCACUCCCAACACUCACACUCUUUAAAGGAAUAGUUCACUGGAAAUAAAAAUUCUGUCAUUAUUAA